AUGGUAUGUUAGUAUCUACUACAAUGUAAAUAGAAUUCAUCGUCUUCCGAACGGGUUAAAUUGUUUUAAAACGCUUUAAAAUGUAUUUUAUAUUGUCAAGAAUUUGUAAAUUUUAUGAUUGUUAUCUAAACUCUCGUAUUUUGUUAUCUUUAUCAGUAUUUCGCGCAAAUCAUCGCUAUUUCACAAUGUACAGGGAAUUAUUGUUGAAUAAACUAAUAAAAAUCGAAAAAAUUUAAGGAUUUGUUUGAGGAAUUAUGUAAAUUUUGCAUUUUUUUACUUUUUAUACUUAUAAUCUAUGUACUUUUGCUUCAAGAAGAGCAGUGUUUUGCCGGACCGGUCCGGAUGAGAAUUUUUUCGGUCCGGUCCGGAAAAUUUUCGGUCCGGUCCGGCUCUAUUUUCUUUUGGUCCGGUCCGGACCGGACGGGUCCGGCAAAACACUGAAGAAGAGUAAUUUACAAUUUUAUUCUAUUCUAUCGUAUAACUUGAUUUCGCAGGCUGCACCGAACCUACAAAACAAGGACGCAGUGGUUUUCGAACUGAUCUGGAUUUCGCUUCGAGGAAAUGAUUUGAUUACUGAUUCUCUCCCGUGAGCUCUUGUUUUUUCACGAAAUUUCUUUUUAAAAUUAGGCCUAAUAUUCAAUUUUAGGCUUAAUUUGAACAGUUUUGAACGUUUUUUUGGCAAAUUAUUGGGUUAAUCUGGUAUGGUCUCUAAAAUAACGUUUAAUGGGGUGUUGCGCUGAAUAGACAACUCGAGGACUUGUAUAACCUUUAUUUUGAUGUAGUUGCUUAUUUUCAAUUCUUUAGAGUAAAGAAGAUGCACUGGAAACGGAAGAACGAAAUGUUAUGGUCGAAAGAACAUCUUCAACCAGCAGGAUUCUGGAGGAGCUAGAAGAAAGUGGAUGGAACAAGGAGGAUGAGUGUGUAGACCUUAUGUUACGCGAUGCAGCAGAUGGAUUACAAGGUGUUUCACGUGUAAGUUAUAUUUUUGUUACGUAUUUUCUGUUUUUAGGUUAGUUUUGAGGAUAUUCAUCUGAUAUGGACAUUAGUACUAGAUGGAAGUGGACAGAGCAAGCCAGCGGUGUAUGACUAG